AUGGCGGACCCCCAGAGAGCGGACGCGUCAAGCGCCCGCGGCGGUGAUUCCCUCCGCCCAGAAAGGGAAGAAAACGAAGGAUCCAGAGCGUACGAGAAGACGCGAUGCGUCGUGCGCUUCUUCGCGAAUCACAGCCCGCCGGACCAACUGAAGAGUGUGGUGGAGGACUGCGAACUGCUGACAGACGACGACACCCUGAUGAACUUCGAAUUCGUGGAAGAAGUCUGCGAAACCGCUCACGACGACGCGCUGGCGGUUUUUGCGUUUGUCAAGGACGAAGAAGGCUCCAUCGUACAGGGAAUCAUGUGCCGAGAAGGCAAACUGGGAGAAAACGUGUACCUGUACCCCCCGGCAAAGCUCGCCGUCACCGUCUCGCAUUCUGACUGCUCUUUGAUCCUUCCGCCGCGGCCCGCCCCGCCGAUCUGUUUCCCCGAAGAAGUGGAGCCGUAUCGACUCGCGCUGGAAACGGCCUUCACUCGGUACGUGGACAUGCGCUACGCGGACGCGACACUGGCGAAUCUGCGCCCAACCGUGCGCAUCCGCCGCGGAACUGCCGUUUACUCGCGCCUGCUGACUCCCGAAGCGCAGCGUCAGAAGGGACAGGAGAAGAAGCGCACGGGGCUGCUGGCGACGCUCCCUCUUUUGAAGGCUGAGGCCGACCUCGCGCAGCCCUCCUUCGUGCCCUCGGACUCCGAGACUGCGCUCGCCUUCAUCAACGAGGCGGGCUCAUGGACGAUCUACAAGCUCACCGCGGUCAUGUCUCUCAGACACAGCAAUCCUGAGAGCUGCUGGGCAGCGGCGCGGACGCUCUACUGGGAAGCGUAUUUUUCUCCCAGCAAUCUCCGCCUGGCCAUUGAGGGCGAAGUGCGCGUGCGCUCUCACACGUGUGAAGACUGGAACGCGCAGAUCGACUACCGACGCGUCUUCCGCAAAGCCUCCAGCGGAGACUCUGCACGCGAGACGGAAGAGAACAGCACCUCGUCAGACCAGCAAAAUGCAGGGAAGACAGCGGAAGGCGCGGCCGCCCGGCGGCGGCGAGAGACCGACAGGAGAGACGGUCUGUACUUGGAAAAAUGCGAAGACGUAAAGACUCCCGCGGCGCUCUGCCGGCGCGUUUUACAGUUUAUUCGGGAUAAAGACGCUGGGGUGCUGCGAGAAGAAAGGUUUUUCCGUCAGGUGUACGUGCCUGAGACACUUCGGUCGCUGCGGCGCGUCCUGCCGCUCACUGGCCGCUCCUUCGACUGGCAGCAGCAGAGUCUGCAGCUGCAGCCUCGCCAGCAGAUUUGA